UAUUCAAGAAGAAAUACGAACUCUUUUAAAUACUUCAAUUCCAUUACAAUCAAUCAGAUUCAGAGCAAAUUCUAGUAAAUCAUCUCAACCAAGUUCAGUGUCUACCCUGCUUUUUUCUACCAUUUCAACUUUUAAAGAGUAUGAAAUAUAUCCCAAUGCUGCUACUCAAAAAGCUUCAUAUGAAAAAAUCGAAACAGCAAAGAAUAAGAUUAUUAAAUUUGAAUCCCUAUACAAUAUUGCUUCAGAUAUUAGUAUUAGGAGUGAUCUUUUUGCUAGAAUACAAGAUCAAAAAAAUAUUAUCAAAACAAAUGAUAAAAAAAUUGAAGCACUUAAAUGA